UUGUGACUUUUGGCACAUUAUUAAAAGUUAAAACUUAACUAAAAUGGUCAUUAUCAACCAGCUCAAUAAGGCAUUCUCUUCCAGCACGUUAUCAAUAAACAAGAGAAAAUGUCAUUACUUGACUCAAAUCAACUAAAUGAGAGAGUAUUGACUAUUGUAUUGACUUCAAAUAAUACUAUUGUGUAUUGACAGCACCUUGCAAUAGAAACACUAGAAACUACUGCAGCCAUUAAAUUAAAAUGAACGGUAGAUGAUGAAAUUUGUACAUUUGAGGGCUGAUAUUUAGUCAAGUCAAAAAAACAAAAUGAAUUACUUAUUUUACUUCUUUCCUACACAGUUUGCUUUGCUUUGCAGGCUGCAUAAUUCAUUGCAGAUAUUAGAGGGUGAAACCAUGUCAUUGUUUUCUUCUUCCUUUGUCUAUUUUGUGCUCCUGCUCUCUAUUAUCAUUCAUAGCCAUAGAGUUCACUCAUUUUCUAGGGGAAACUCCACAAUUUCCGGAGCAGAUGGUUUAGGAAACAGCUACAUAAAAGGGCCUCUUUUGGAGGAGUUCACUUUUCCUGAAAAAUCAGCUCCCUUCAACAGCUGCCAUGCUUCCACCAUUGUUGAGGUUGGGAAGGGUCAUUUUUUGGUUGCAUAUUAUGGGGGAACAUCUGAGGGGGCGCCUGAUGUCAAAAUAUGGCUGCAAACUUACAAGAAUGGCAAAUGGAAAUCACCUGUAAUUGCUGAUGAAGAACCAAAUGUUCCUAUGUGGAACCCUGUGCUGUUCAAAACUCCUUCAAAUGUGUUACUGCUGUUUUAUAGAAUUGGCCUUGAUGUUCAAAAAUGGAGUGGAUUCAUGAAACGCUCAUAUGAUAAGGGACUAACAUGGACAGAAAGAGAACAACUUCCUCCUGGUAUAUUAGGACCUAUAAAGAAUAAGCCACUCUUGCUGGACAAUGGUGCCUUACUGUGUGGAUCCUCUGUUGAAAGCUGGAACUCUUGGGGGUCGUGGUCCGAGGUUACAACAGAUUUUGGAAGGACAUGGAGAAAGUAUGGUCUAAUUUACAUUGAAGAUAAACCUCUUGGGGUGAUUCAACCAGUGCCAUACCGGACUAGUAAGGGAACGCUGCGUGUCUUGCUUCGCUCGUUUACAGGCCUUGGCAGAGUCUACAUUUCAGAAUCCUUUGAUGGUGGCAAAACAUGGGGCUAUGCAAAGCCUACACCACUUCCCAAUCCAAAUGCAGGUAUUGAUGGAGUUAAGCUGAGAGAUGGGACUCUGGUGCUUGCUUAUAAUACAGUAUCAAGGGGUGUGCUUAAAGUUGCAAUAUCUGAGGAUGAUGGUGAUUCAUGGCAUGAAGUUGUUACAUUGGAGGAUACUUUGGGAAUGGAAUUCUCAUAUCCUGCACUUAUUCAAGCUAGUGAUGGGAGAGUACAUGUCACCUAUACAUAUAAUAGGACACAAAUUAAGCAUGUUGUUUUUAAUCCAAGGUGAUGCAGAUUAAUUUCAGAUUGGAUUAUUGGAAACAAGAGCAAACAAUGUAUCUUUGAAUGGGCUGAGUUUGAUUUGGAAGUGCUUUUGGGUUUUGAUCUGAGAAUUUUUGGAGGUUUUUGUUAAAGCCCAAUAUUGGACAAAAACUGUUUUUGGACAUACUGAAGUGUAAUGGGCCUACACCUACCAACCCCGUAGCCCAACACUGAAAGGCCCAAAACUAGAAGGGAAGUGAACGCGGAACGGCUAAUCCCACAAAAAUGAAAGAACUGGAAGUUUUCCAACAUGAAAACCAACUAUAUAUAGGCUAGUUUGAAAUUUAUUGUCAUGAAAAGAUGAUUAAUUAACUCAUCGCAGGUGUGGUUAAGAUUUUAAACUAGAAAGAAGUUCUCCUAUGAUCAUUACAAAGCA